AUGCAUCGAGCCAGUGCUGCUAUUCUCCCAGAGAGGUCGUCUGAAACUUGCAAUGGUUCAGCUGAUUCGCAGCUCACUGUUCCCAUGUUGAACGGUGAAUGUCCUGAGGAACAGCGAAUUGCUGACUUAGAAAAGGAACUGUUGUUAGUGGAAUCAGGCCAACAUCCGAUGUUACUGGAGAAGCUGCGUGAGAUUGAGCAGAAACAGGCCGAUGAACUGGAAAUGAUUGAAAUUAUGUAUGAGAGGGAGAAAGAAGAAAUUGAAAGGAAAUUCCAAUUGGAGUGCGCUACAAUACAACGAGAACUGAAAGAAAGGGAGGAGGAGUUGGUUCAGACUUUGCUGAUGGAGGUGGAUGAUCGUAUACGAUUCAUUGAAGCUGAAGUGGCCGCUCUGGACGUAGCCGGGCCUGCUUGUCCGACAUUUAGCAUGAACAAGAAAUGCCUCCGUCGGUACCAAAAAGGUCAAGCUCUAGUAGUACAGACGGAGAACUAUGGUGCAUUCGCAGGAAUGAUCCUAUCAAUUUGCGAGCAGUACAUACAGUUUCGAUCCACUGUUCCUGGUUUGUAA